CUUACACCCCUAGCACAAGUAAUCGCAAUGGAAAUCGUACUGGCUACGCCGACUCCUCUGCUUCUUUUGAAAUCUUGAACUUUUGAUUCGAAAUCUCUCUCCAUUCUAGGGUUAAGGGUUUCCCUGAAUUCCAACUAAAGAACUGCCUGUUAGUAGAACCAACAAUGCCGAUAAACAAUGAUCGGAAGAAGCGGCCUAAAAGGGAGUAUGCAGAUGCUACCCAGUCAGUAGAACCAACAAUGCCGAUAAACGACGAUCGGAAGAAGCACCCUAAAAGAGAGUAUGCAGAUGGUAGUCAGUCCAACGAUCAAAAGUAUACCCAGCGUAGAGAUCUUCGUUCCGGAUAUCUUUCAAUUCAGAGUUACAUUCGUGGUAGAAGAGAUGAGAUAGCAGCUGCUAAUUCGAAGGAAUUCAUCUCCAUUAUAGAUGAAGUCGACGGAAUGCAUCAUCUAGUCAAUAAACCAAGAGAGCAAGUAUCAGACGCAGGAGCACUACGAGAUCUAGCUAGCACAUUGGUGACUUCCAUCAAGGUGCAUAACAUAGGAAGUGUAACUCCAUCACUAUUUGUUUCAAGUUUGAUCAGUCGAUUUGGGAAGAAGAAAAAGAAGAAAAGAAGAAUCACUGAAAGUGGCCAGAUUCUCUGGAAAGAUAUCGGUUUGCAUGCUUCUCCUCUGUUCAUGACUUUCCAGGGUCCCUGCAGCAUGCUUGGACACAUGAAUCAUGAUACCCAACCACCAAAAGUUUUAGUUACACGAAAACGUUCAAGGUCAUCUCUGAAGGAAAAGAAGGUGAACGUGAAACCAAAAGAGAUUAAGGAUACAGUCUCUAAAGAGAAGACAGACACUGAGAAAAUCAUUGCAACGAUGUUUGAUAUCCUUAAAACCAACAAAAAAGUUUGUCUUGGAAACAUUGUUUUAAACAGAAUCUCAUUUGCACAAACGGUGGAGAAUUUGUUUGCCCUGUCAUUCUUGGUGAAAGAUGGGAGAGUUUUGAUAACAGUCGAUGAAAAAGGCUCUCAUUAUGUUUCACCAACAAACGCUCCUUAUGCUCGCAUGAUAACUUCUGGGAAAGUGGCAUAUUCUCAAUUUAUGUUUAAGUUUGGGUUCGUUGAUUGGAAGUUGAUGAAGGAUUCAGUGGGUGGAGGUUGCGAGUUGAUGCCACAUAGGAUGAAGGUGGAUUCUUGUGGAGGCUGUGAAUUAAAACCAGAUCUGAAAGAAGGAAACAGCCACGGGGCUACAAUAACCACCAUAAAAAUGGAAUCAAGAAAUCAAGAAGGGUCCCAUGAAGAUGGAAAUGAGCAGAUGUUUAUAUAUGAUAAACCCGAAACCUUGUUAGUCUACAGAAGGAGAGGAAGAAGAAUAUAUAAACCCGAAACCUUGUUAGUCUACAGCAGGAGAGAAAGAAGGAAACCCAGGACUUAACUGUUUCUGGAAUGGUGGAGUGAAGAAAAGUUAGUUUUUACUAAUAAAAUUCAGUUAGUUUUACUUUUGUUUUAGUGGGGAAAGUUCUUUGUAGUGGCAUCUAGCUGAGCUGGCUUUUUGGUCUCAUGCUUGGGGGUAUAUAUAUAUAUAUAUAUAUAUGGUGCUUAAUCUUUUGUGUUAGGUUCAUAGAGGGUAUGAGUUAUUUUGUGAGUUUUUGACUAAAGGGAAAAUGACUUAGGAGGGUAAUUAUCUUUUAGCCGUGUUUACAUAUUGGCAACUUCUUAUUUUUUGUACAUAAAAAAGCAACUAACUUGUUUUAACUGUUUAAAUUACACCAAUAUUACCGGCUAAUACCUGUUUUAACUGGUAAC